AUGUCCGGUCAAGGUUAUCGUGGUCGUGGUGGUGGCAGAGGGGGAAGUGAUCGCGGCGGUGGAGGUUAUCGUGGAGGUGGGGAUCGGGGUGGCUUCCGUGGAGGAAGAGGUGGCGGAGGUGGAGGAGGAGGAGGAUCCGCACCUGCGGUUGUCUUUAGGGACCCCAAUGCACCACUUGCACCACCUGAUGGGCAAGUAAUGAACAUUGAGAAUGCCUACAUGAAGAAUGCCACCGCUGGCGGUCUUCAGCAGGCAAUGGCAAAGAUGUCCUUGAAUGAUGGUCAAUUCCCGUCCCGACCAGGUCAUGGUACCCAAGGCAAGAAGAUUGCCGUUUACGCCAACUACUUCAAAGUUGGCGUGCCACAAAACCUGACCCUCACAAGGUACAGCGUGGAAGUGCAACCCGAGGUCAAGGGAAAAAAGCUUGGCCGGGUUUUUCAGCUCCUUCUUGAGUUGCCCGAAUUUGCGAGUGCUGGUGGUCUCGCAUCAGACCUUCGUUCAAUGAUUGUUGCCAGAACUCCCCUUGGUAUUCAGGACGGACAUAUUAUACAGAUACCGUAUCUGGCUGAGGGGCAAGACGAACCUCUUGCACGUGCCAUCACCUAUACGGUCCGGAUAAUCACACCUCUUUCGUUCAGCAUUUCUGACCUCACCGCGUAUCUCUCGUCUACAAAUCCCAAUGCUCCUCCUUUCACCCAGAAAGCAGAAGCCAUACAGGUGCUAAACGUACUGUUUGGGCACUAUCCGCAGGUACACGAUGGAAUAGUAUCAAUUGGUCAAAAUAGGCAUUUCUCGAUCAGUCGCGGGCAAGCGAACGCUCACAACAUUACCGUGCUCGGUGGAGGCUUAGAGUCUCUUCGUGGAUACUUCCAGAGUGUCAGGCCUGCCACUGGUGGCAUUCUGCUUAACGUCAAUGUCACACAUGGCGUCUUUAUCGAGCCACUAAGUCUCGAUGUCCUUUAUGGGAGACUCGGAAGUGGCAAUAAGCUGACUUUGCAGAAGAAACUUAAACUCAUCAGAGUGAAAGUUACUCAUCUACCAGGAAAGACGCUUAAGAAGACCAACGAAGAAGUGCCUCGCGUCAAGACAAUCUUCGGUCUUGCCCACCCUCAAGAUGGUCGUGGAGAAGAUCAUCCACCCAAGAUCGCCGAUUUCGGUGCAGGUCCCAAGGGAGUUAGUUUCUGGCUUUCCGAAGUCCCCCCUGCUGCUAAAGGUGCUAAACCCCAAGGGAAGAAAGGAGCCGGAUCCGCUCUCCCUUCCAACACAUACAUUACAGUCUUCGACUACUUCCGGAAAAAGUACCCGCAAAUCAGGCUGGAAGAGAGAAACCCUGUGGUUAAUGUUGGAAACCGUGAACAUCCUAGCUAUCUCCCUGCUGAGGUUUGUGUUCUCUUGCCUGGCCAAACAAUAAAACGCAGAUUGAGUCCCGACCAAACCCAGCAAAUGAUCACAUUCGCUUGUCGGAAGCCAAACCAAAAUGGGGAUUCGAUUGUCACUGAUGGGAAAGCUGUUCUUGGUCUGAACCCCCAGGCUAAUGCCAUGACCGCGCGUUUUGGUCUUACGAUUGGCGCCAGUUUGAUUACUGUCGCAGCGCGCGUUUUGGUUCCACCGGCCAUCAAAUACAAGGAUGCUCGUCAGAAGGAGACCAGCGUAUUACCGCGCUUUGGUUCCUGGAAUAUGGCAAACAUAAAAUUCCACACCGGCAGUCACUUGGGAAAAUGGACCUCGAUUGUCUUUACAUCGACCCGUCGUGGCCCAUCCUUUGGCGUUAAUCAUGUUAUGCCCACCAUCUCUCGCUUCGGGGAGUUUCUGACUCGUUCUGGCAUUAAUGCUACAGGAAUGAUUCCAGUCACUCCACCCGAAAUUGGCCUCUCCGAUGGAGACGACGUCGGCAAUAAUGAAAAAAUUGGGAACAUCAUUAGAGCGAUGUAUGUUGCCAAGGUUAAUCCCCGGCCAAAUUUCAUCCUUUGUGUCAUUCCUUACAAUGAUGUCGCAAUAUACAACUCGAUCAAAAAUUACGCUGAUACAAAAGCUGGCAUUAACACUGUCUGUGUCGUUGCGCCCAAGUUUAUGAAAGAGCAGAGACAAGAGCAGUACUUUGGAAACGUUUCUCUAAAGUUCAACCUCAAGGCCGGCGGUAUCAACCAGACACUAGAUCCAGCCAAGCUAGGAGUCGUCAGUGAAGGAAAGACCAUGGUUGUCGGCCUCGAUGUCACCCACCCCUCGCCUGGGUCAAAGGACACUGCGCCUAGCAUUGCUGGGAUUGUGGCAAGUGUCGAUAGGGUUCUAGGUCAGUGGCCGGCAGACUUUCGAAUUCAAGAAUCCCGAAAGGAGACUGUUUCUGGUCUUUAUGAUAUGUUUCUUGGUCGUCUGAAUUUAUGGGCAAAGAAAAACAAAGGCUCUCUUCCAGAGAACAUCAUCAUGUACAGAGAUGGUGUUUCGGAAGGCCAGUACCAGUUGCUUCUUGAUCAGGAGCUCCCACAGAUUCGCAAUGCUUGCCGUCAGAAGUACCCGGCCCAGGCCACCAAAUCCGGAUUUCCCAAGAUAUCAAUCAUCGUCUGCGGGAAGCGUCACCAUACGCGCUUCUACCCAACAACAGAAGCUAAUGCGGAUCGUUCAUCGAAUUGUGAACCAGGUACUGUGGUUGAUCGCGGGGUCACUGAAGUCAACGGGUGGGAUUUCUUCAUCCAGCCUCAUGCUUGCCUACAGGGAACUGCGAGGCCGGGUCAUUACUACGUGAUUCUUGACGAGAUCUUCCGCGGUCGUCAAGUAAAGGCCCCUCUUCAGAACCCGGCUGAUUCGUUGGAGGAUCUUACCUUCAAUAUGUGCCAUCUCUUCGGGCGUGCGACCAAGGCUGUCAGCUUGUGCCCUCCUGCUUACUAUGCUGAUCUUCUUUGCACGCGCUUGCGUUGCUACCUCGCAGAUCAGUAUGACCCGAAUGACAGUUCUGCAACUGCGAGUGUUACCAGUAGUGCGACCAACCUAUCAACGUUCGACGUUCAGAUUCCAGAAAACAUGAAGGACUCUAUGUUCUACAUCUAA